AUGAAUGUACUGACUGUAUUAAGAGAAAAACUUCCCAACGAAAAAUUAUAUUUAUUCAUCAAUCGUUUCACAUUUAGUUUUCUCUUUCUUUUCGUUGGUUUACCAUUGUGGUAUUCUACUACGAGUACGUAUCGUGCACCAUUACCAUAUUCUCGUAUAUCAACUCUUGCACCAAAGACAUCCGAUUUAAUUGUAACAAACUUAACAUCAUUUCAAACUGCAUCGUCUUAUGACAUAUCAUUCUAUUUAAUAAAUAAUAACGAUGAUAACUCUAGUUUAAAUAGAACAAAAUAUGAAGAAAUAAUCUCAUCAACUAUUGUCCCUCAUUUAAUCAAUACAUAUUCGAAUUUUAUUAAUUUGGAUUUCUCCACAGAAAUUAUUUUUAAUACACGUGGAGUUUUACCAUAUGAAACUAUACAUAAUUUAGAAAAACGACAAAUUCCAUUUUUUAUCAAUAAACUUGAAUAUUUAUUGCAUCGUUCAACAAAACAUUAUAAAGAACAAAUUUUAUUUAUUCUAUUCAUCCCUGAUGAAAAACAAACACCAUUAACAGUUGAGAAAAAUCAAGACAAUUCAAUCGUUGUACCUAAAUGGGGUAGUGCAAUAUUUUAUAAUAAGAAUAAUUCGGAUAAUGAAUAUAAUGAUUUAAAUUUAAUUAUGAAACAAUUUCUUACUCAUUUUAAUCAACUAUUAGGAAUUGAAACAAUUGACCAAUGGAUUCAUUUACGUACAAUUGAAAAUUAUAAUAAUGGUCGACAAACAUUAUCAACUUUAUCACAAUUACUUCUUUCAAUUCCUAAUAUUGUUAUUGAUGAUACUAUGGCAAAAAAGGUCCAUGAUUCAGUAAAUCUAUUAGAAAAAUGUGAAGAAAACAAUCAGCAUAAUGAUUGUCAACAAGGACGUUUACUUGCUGAUCAAGUUUUUUUUGAUCCAUCAUUACUGAAAUUACUCUACUUUCCAGAUGAUCAAAAAUUUGCCAUAUACGUUCCUUUAUAUUUACCAAUGGGUGCACCAUUAGCUUGGGCGUUAUUUAAUGACAUUAAAUUUUUGAUAAAUAUUGUAAAAAGUAAUCGUUGA